AGCCGCCGGCAAUACCCCAUUUCACAUCAGAGAAAAUAAAAAAGGAGGUUCAUUCAAGAUGAAUGACCUAUUCUCACAUUCUUUCAAGAAAUACCAGGACGUCAAGGUCGUCCAGGGCCCCGUGGAAGACCUGGAAGCCGGCGUUCCCCCGAGGACCGAAGGCGUUAAUCUCGACAAAUUUUUCGAGGAUGUCGAGGGCGUCAAGAAGGACAUGGCCGACGUUGAGAAGCUCUACAAACAGCUCCAAGAAAGGAAUGAGGAGAGCAAAACUGCACACAACGCCAAGACGAUGAAGGAGCUCCGGGCCCGGAUGGAUUCUGACGUCACUCAGGUCUUGAAACGGGUGAAAGUCAUCAAAGGCAAGCUGGAGGCGCUGGAGAAGUCCAAUGCUGCGCAACGCAAAGUCCCAGGCUGCGGCCCCGGGUCCUCCGCCGACCGUACUCGGACCUCCGUUGUCAGCGGCCUCGGAAAAAAGCUCAAGAACCUGAUGGACGACUUCCAGGGGCUACGAGCCCGGAUGAACGCCGAGUACAAGGAGACCGUGGGACGUCGGUACUUCACCGUGACGGGAGAGAAAGCGGACGACGACAUGAUCGAGAGCAUGAUAUCGAGCGGGGAGAGCGAAACGUUCCUGCAGAAGGCGAUCCAGGAGCAGGGGCGGGGCCAGAUCAUGGACGCCAUAUCCGAGAUUCAAGAAAGGCACGACGCCGUGAAGGAGAUAGAGAAGAACCUGUUGGAGCUCCACCAGAUAUUCCUGGACAUGGCAGCGCUGGUGGAGGCGCAGGGACAGCAGCUCAACGACAUAGAGAGCCACGUUGCGCAUGCGAGCUCGUUCGUGAGGCGGGGGACGGAGCAGCUCCAGGAAGCCAGGGAGUUGCAGAAGGGCUCCAGGAAGUGGUGUUGUAUUGGGAUUCUUCUUGCUAUAAUUCUCAUCGUUUUGCUUACUUUUCCGCUGUGGUCUCAUGCUUUGCUAGCCCAGCUUUGAUUUUCUUUCUUUUGUGUUAGAACAAAAUCUUUUAGGUUAAUCUUUUUAUGCAUUAAUCCCUACCUCUUGUAACAAUUUCCUUUUCUUGCUCAAUUUACUUUAACCUUUUGUUGUCUCAUCAUACAAAACUUACAUAGAUGUAAGGGCGUAGCCAUGAUGAUUUUCAGGUAAUCUAUUCAGAAUUGCUAUA